AUGCAUUCUGCAGUGGAAGAGAUUAGGGUGCUGAUUGCAGAGAUAGUGGAGAAUGCAAAGAGCGGGCAUCCGGGAGGACCCAUGGGCAUGGCCAAUGUGAUGCACAUUCUUUUCUCCAGAGUAUUAUCCAUAACAAAAAUAGACAGCAAAUGGAUAAACAGAGACAUAUUCGUUCUUUCUAACGGCCAUUGCUGUGCAGGCCUCUACGUGUUCCUGCAUCUCAAAGGCUUUUUGUCAAUGGAAGAUCUACUGCACCUGAGAAAGAUCGACAGCAAAACGCCAGGGCACCCAGAGUUUGGCAGAUUUAUAGAAGCAACUGCAGGGCCGCUUGGACAGGGCGUGGCACAGGCUGUGGGAUAUGCAAUAGCACUGAAGAAAAAUAGCGAUAGGUACAAUAAGCCAGCCCUCAUGAACAUAUUCAGCAACAGAGUGUACUGCAUGGUGGGGGAUGGAUGCAUGCAGGAGGGAGUGGCGCAGGAGGCAUUUUCAGUUGCAGGGCAUUUGAAGCUGAACAACCUCAUAGUGAUCUACGACUACAACAAAAUUACGAUUGAUGGCCCGCUAUCUCUGUCAAACAGCGAAGACGCAGGAAAAAAGAUGCGAGCCAUGGGGUUUGCUAUCGUGGAGAUAAAAGACCCAGAGGAUGACGAAGUGGUGGAAGAAAUACUCAGCAAAAAGAUGGACAGGCCAAUGUUCGUGAUAGUCCACACAACGAUAGGAUACGACACAACAAAGAAAGGCACAAGUGCAGUGCACGGCUCUCCACUGGGAAAAGAAGAGAUAGAGCUGCUAAAAAGGAAAUACUCAAUGGAUCCAGCACAGAGCUACUAUAUUUCCGAAAAGACCAAAGAAAUAUACAGAGAAUGCGACUAUAAGAUAAAUAACAAGUACUACGACUGGCAGAAGGGACUGGAGAAGUACAAAAUGUUUUAUCCCGAAGAGCACGCAGAGCUUACAGACCUGUGCACACCAAGUUCGAUUCAUGAAAUAGUGCAGGGCCACAUGAUCAAAAAUAUGAGCGUUAAAAAUGAUACAUUUUCAACACGUGAACUCUCAGGGCAGAUUUUAUCUGAUCUAUCAAAAGACGAGAGAAUACUGGGAGGAUCCGCUGAUCUGUCAGAGUCUACAUGCACAAAAUGGGAGGGCGCUAAGGUCCUCAGUUCCUCUGACUACAGUGGUAGAUACAUUUGCUACGGAAUAAGAGAGCAUGCAAUGUGCGGGAUAAUGAACGGUAUAGCAGCAUAUGGAUACCACAGGGUGUAUGGCAGCACAUUUCUCAAUUUUCUAACGUAUGGAUUCCCAGCCAUAAGAAUAGCCGCAAUUUCUUCGUAUAGAGUAGCUAUUUUGGGAACACACGACUCAAUUGCUCUGGGCGGUGACGGGCCCACACACCAGCCAAUAGAAACACUUGCACUCCUGCGGGCUACUCCAAAUCUCAUUACAUUCAGGCCUGCGAAUAGGCUGGAAACAGCUACAGCGAUUGCAUACUCGAUGUACCAAUCGAAAGGGCCGUGUGCCAUAGUCUUAUCCAGACAGAAGCUAGAUGGAUUUUCAGUGGGAACAGUGGAUGAUGUCUUAAAAGGCGCGUAUAUAGUCUGUGACUAUGAGAUUGGCGGGCCAGUGGUAAAAAGGGGAGUAAAAUGUCCUUAUGUAACAUUGAUAGCCACAGGAUCAGAGGUAUCUCUAUGUCUCAAAGUGAAAGAACUUCUCUGUAAUGUGGGAUGCAUGGUGCGUCUUGUCUCUAUGGUAUCAUUUGAGCUGUUUGAAGCACAAGAUGUAGAGUAUAAAAAAGAGAUUCUAGAUUCACGUAGCAUAAAAGUCAGCAUAGAAGCACUCUCAACAUUUGGAUGGAGUAAAUAUGCCAGAUACAACAUAGGAAUAGAUACAUUUGGGAAGAGCGGGCCACCAGAUGAAGUGUACGCCCAUUUUGGAUUUACUCCAGAGGAGAUAGCUGAAAAGAUAUAUCAGAUAGUUGCAGAUAUCUGA